UUAAAAUGGCAUCUGGCGAUCGCGUUAUCAUUAUCCACAGCAAAGCUGAAUUUCAAUCGAAAUGCGCAAGUGCUGGUUCAACGCUCGUCGUUGUAGGCUUCAUGGCUUCAUGGUGUGGCCCGUGUCAUUCAAUUGCUCCAACGUAUUCCAGACUGAGUCUAAAGUACAUGGAGUGUAUCUUUCUGAAAGUAGACGUCGAUGAGUGCAAAACGUUGGCUGCGCAGCAGGGCAUAAGCACUAUGCCAAGGUUUCAGCUAUUCAAGAACCAAGUUAAAGUUGCGGAAGUUGUAGAUGCCAAUGCUGCUGGUCUGGAAGCAGCAAUAAUACAAUUUGCAGGAGAAGAAGGAACGGAAUCUCCGAUCGCUGGACACACUGAUCUUGAACAAUUUAUCGACACAUCAACGAGCGAAUUUCUGAAUCUGAGUGAAGAUACUCCAAUGAAUAACGCACUCGAACCUGAUGGUAGCUACGUGGAAAGCGACUGCGAUGAACAGCUUUUGAUGACGGUGGGUUUUUCUCAAGCUGUGAAACUGCAUUCUCUAACGAUAUACUGUGAAGAUACGGCGUAUGCACCAAAAACAGUUAAAAUAUUUAUUAACCAACCGGGUAGCAUGGAUUUUGACUCGGCUGAGAGAAACAAAUGUGUAGAAGAAAUAAGCUUACAACCACAUGAAGUUACAAGAAGUGCUAUAACUGGUCUCCAGUAUGUCAAGUAUCAAAACGUAAACAGCAUAACUUUGUUUGUGAGGGAUAAUCAAGCUGGAAAAGACACAACUAGAGUUACUGGAUUGAGAUUCUUUGGGACACCACGUGAUUUCACAAACAUGAGGGACUUUAAGAGGGUUUCUGGAAAGCCCGGAGAAAGUCACUAGAUAAAAUCUUGGAGUUGAAAGCGACCAUUGGGAGACUCUGUCUGCAGAACUAAUAACUCUAGAUGCAUGACGUUCUUUCUAGAAACUAUUUGGUGUUGUCCAGAUGUAUCUACGUUGAUUACCGUCGUCAUCUUGAUUUUCUAGUUGUUAGUCUUUCUGUUUUUAAAAAUAUUAGAAAGUUUCUGUGUAGUAGUGUCAAUUUACUUGCAUAC